GACGCACUUCCGGCGGCCGCGCGGAGGCAGCAUGGCGGCGGGGGAGGCCAUGGCGGCGGAGGUGCCCGCGUCUGCGGCCGUGAGGGCGGCUCCGCUCCUGGCCCUGGAGCCGCGGCUUCAGCGCCAGUUCCAGCAGAAGGUGCAGCGCACCAAGGGGACGGCCAAGGAGGAGCUGACGCCCGGCGUGGUGUUCGUGGGCCAUCUCCCGCGGGGCCUCUGCGAGCCGCAGCUCCGCGAGUACUUCGGGCAGUUCGGGACGGUGACGCGGCUGCGGCUCUCCCGGAGUAAGAAGACUGGAGCCAGCAAAGGCUAUGCAUUUAUGGAGUUUGAGUCUGAUGAUGUGGCCAAGAUUGUUGCAGACACAAUGAAUAACUACCUGUUCUCUGAGAGACUGCUGAAGUGUCAGUUCAUGCCCCCUGAGAAGGUCCAUGAGAACCUCUUCAAGGACUGUGACAAGAUCUUUCGGAAGCCCUCUCAGCCGGCCGUGCGGCGCUACAACAGGGUCCGCUCCCUGCUGGAGAAGGCCAGGAUGACCAAGCGCCUGCUGCGGAAGGAGAGGCUCUUACGGAAGAAGCUGGCUGAAAAGGGGCUGGACUAUGACUUCCCAGGAUUUGCUGCACAGGCAGUUUCCAAAAAGACAAAAAAAGUUAAAACAUCCAAGAAAUCAAACCUGAACGUUUCUUUGAGCAGCCAGGAUCCUACUCCAGUGUGUACUCCAGCAGUGCUCGAGCGCCGGAAAGCUGCUCGGAUGGACGAUGACACAGAGGACAAUGAAGUAACUCUCAGGCUUCCCUCUGACAGCAGUAAGAACGCUGUACAGAGACCAAAGAAGCAGCCAACAAAGGCCAAGCCUCAAGAAACAGAAACAGACAUAAAAUUUUUAUGCCUGUAGCCAUAUUUUUCUCAACUUAAAAACUUUUGAGGUGGAGCUUCUACUGGGUCUGCUGCCCUGGCUUGGUUCAUCCUGCCUAGACUGUUUCAGGCUUCUUAGGCAAGGACUGUGUUCACAAAUCCUGUCCCUGUGGUUUAGCCAUCAAGGAACAUAUGAAGAUAUUCUUGACUUUGUGCUCACAAAUGCCUGUGCUGUGACACAGCUACAGUAGUCCAGAAUCUUCAGUUAAUUUUAUAACUCUAUUUGGAAAGAAAAUAUGGGGCUCUCUCUUCAGAGUUUGCUAAUGCAAGCAACUGUAUCUUACAUUUAUAAUUAAUGACAGGUUAUUAAAAAAUUACCAUUUUUCAACUUUC